AUGGGGCCAAAGAUAGAGACCAAACUAAAGGAAAAUGUGGAGGUUAGUAAGCAGUUCAUUACAACAGAUUAUGGUAUGGGAAAUGUCAAUAUCCAAACCUCACGUGGACACCACCGAGUAAGUCUUAGCUUGCACCAUUGUAGUUGUGCAGAGUGGCAGAUGACAGGGAUUCCAUGUAGGCAUGCUUGUGCAGCGGUGAAAACUGUCCAUGGUGAUAUUUAUGAUUAUAUUGAGGGAUGGUACAAAUUUUCAUGUCAACAGAAGAUUUAUGGCAGGUGCAUGACUCCGGUGGUCACAAUUGACAUGCCAAAUAUAAAUGACUAUAGGAUGGAGAAUAUAUCUAAUCAAAUUUUGCUGCAACCCCCAAUCACAAGUCAGGCUCCUGGAAGGCCUAAGAUUACAAGGCAUGAGUCACAAUACCAAGACAAAAAGAUAUACCGCUAUACUCAAUGUCAUCAAGUUGGACAUACAAGAAGGACGUGCAAAAACCCAAAUCCAAGUUGA